GGUUCGCUCGCUGUUGGUUGAGGCGGUGAGGGUAGGUGGCGGUGGUCCUGCGGGAAGCCAUGAGUGGUUUCGGGGCUGCAAAGCCGCUUCCGGGCUCCUCGACUGCGGCGGGGGCCCGGAACGGCAGCAGUGACAGCCUAGAGAAGAUCGACAUGUCUCUCGAUGAUAUAAUCAAACUGAAUAAAAAAGAAGAGCGAAAGCAGUAUUCCCCCAAAAUCAAAAGGGGACUUCAGCAGAACCGAACUCGGCAGUUCAGGACACCAGGCUCCAAGUGGGGAAUCCAGCAGCAGAAAGGUUACGGUAAAAAUCGUUUGGGACGCAGAAAGAAGGUAGCAGGGAAGAAGCGUUCUUAUGGAGUUAUAACUGGCUUGGCAGCCAAGAAAGCAAUGGGUUCACGCAAAGGAAUUAGUCCUCUGAACAGACAGCCACUUAGUGAGAAGAAUGCACAGAGGAAUUACCCAGUUUUGAAAAAGAAAACAACCCUGCAGAGACAAUCUGAAAUGCAGAGAAAACAAGCACCAGCCCUCAGGAGGCCUGUCCCACUAAACAGAAGGAAUAAUGUACAAUCCACUUUUACCAGAAUUGGAAACAAACUAAAUCAACAGAAAGACACUCGUCAAGCAACUUUUCUGUUUAGAAGGGGUCUGAAGGUGCAGGCCCAAGUGCAGCCAGCAGACGAUCUAGAUAAUCAGACAGUAAAGAGAACCCGUCAAUGGCGAACUUCUACCACAAGUGGAGGGAUUCUGACUGUAUCUAUUGACAACCCAGGAGCAAUCAUAAAUCCAAUUUCCCAGAAAUUACGAUUAACUCGUACUCCUGUGCCCCCGUUUCUGAUGAAGAGGGAUCAGUCUGAAGAGAAGAAGAUUCCCAAAGGGGUUCCUUUGCAGUUUGAUAUUAAUAGUGUUGGAAAACAGACGGGGAUGACUUUGAAUGAGCGUUUUGGGAUCCUGAAGGAACAAAGAACAGCGCUGUCCCAGAACAAAGGAAGCCGUUUUGUAACCGUGGGCUAACCUGUCGAAUGGACUUGAGUACUGAACCCACCUAUCUAAGAAACUGAGAUAAAAGUGGGCAGAAGAAUACAGCAUACGUCACUGAAAUUCUCCAAGCUUCUUGCUAAGAUAGUGGCAGACCUAACUAUCUUUAUUACUUUUACUUUGAACAGUAAAAGACAUGAUGCCCUGGGGUGAAAAAUAAUGGGGAAACCAAUCUGCUGGAGUGGCACCAUGAUCUAGCUGAAAAAGAUUUUGUUGCUCAGCUGAUGACAAACACUGAUUUUUGGUUCGUCUUGCAACCAAAAUACAAACAUGAGGAUAAAAGUUUGGGGUUUUUUGUUUGUUUUUGUUUAGGAGUGCUCAAUAUCUGUGCUUUGAUUCCCCUAGUAAAGACCGUUAGUGUUUUCAUUACAAUCCCAUUUUUAGGGUGUUAGGGACUGUCUAUAAACUUCCCUCUGGACUGCAGUUUGGCACAGAGCCUCAGUCUGAAUACUUCUGGUAGUGAUGUAGCGCAUUUUUUCAUGGGAACAUUAGUUGUAAUUCUUUAUGCUUUUGAUGUUCUUUCCCCCCCCCCCUUCCUUGGAGACUAAAUAUUUUGCAUCCUCAGUUUCUCAAAUAAAGCUGUUAGCUGAGACCCAAAAUAUGUAAUUGGGAUGGAGACUAUUCUACUCUUUUCCUUACAUAUGGUCCAGAUCACACUGGAGGAAUACUUCACAGGCAGUAUGGGCAUAGUUUAUAUUACAAAUAGCUGAAGUUCAUCAGCAUCCUCUGCAAUGGAGUAUGUCUGUCUCCUUUUUUUCCUUAAACUUCUAUUUUCUAUUUUUUUUUGUAUUUUUUUUCCGUAAACUUAAUGCAAUAACUUCACAUUUUUUGAAUAAUUUUGUAGGAAUAAAUACAACAGUUCAGAAGAAAGUGGUAUGGUAGAGUUCCUUACCUUCCCAGACACAGGAUUCUUAUCUUGCCCCAGAGAGUUUUCUCUGUCCUUCAGAAAUGACCAGAGGCAAGCAAUUUAAUGGCACUUGUUUGUAUAUACCAAAGAGAGGUAAGAUGUGAAGCUGAUCAGCAGUGGUCAGACAUCUUGAAGUUGGUUAAGCUGGGGAAGAGUUGCAGGAAUGAAGCUCUUAGUCUGCCAGCAUGUGUAAGGCAUUAAAUAGGUGCACUUACUUAAUGCCUGGUUUAAUGCAUCAGAAUCUGAAGGAUGGUAACAAUUGGGGCUCCUUAUUGUAAAUUUAUACCAUUCCUACAAAUGAGGCACAUGUUCAGAAUUAACUUGGUGACAAAAUUGCUUCCAAUCUAGGAAGUGAUGAACCACCUAACACUGUUCUCCAGCAAUGUGAUCGAGGUACAGCCAGAUAAAAGAAUUGUUGACUGGCUGUAUCCACAAAUGUUUAUGGUGUGUAAAGUCAUUCUAAUUACUCCUAUUUUCCUUGAAGAAUUUACAUUUUACUUCUUACAAAGAUGAUUUCCUUGCAUUUUUAUCUCAAAUUCAAAGCUGACUAGCUGUUUUCCUGAACUUGUGUUGAAGAGCAUUUGACAGUAGAAGGGCUUUCUGUCAUAUAGCAGUUUUAAAGUCAGAAUGCAUCCUUGACACUAUAUAGUACUUAAAAGCUUAUUUUUAAUGUUGAAAAAAUAUACCUUAGCAAAAACAAACUAAAAGUAAUGGUGUUAAGAUUUUUUUCUUAAUUACUAAUAGAUUUUUUUGGGAAAAAAAUAUCCCACUGUUAGAACUUGAGUAGAUAAUGUGGUGUUAGUCAUCCUGUUUCAGUGUAUACGUUUUCCAUGUGCCAGGAUGCAACAAAAAACAUUCUUUUGCAUCAACAUAGAUGCAAAACAUUGAUGCAGUGCAUCAAGAAAUGCUAGUUUGUAUUUAAUGAGAAGAUGCUUUACACUGUACCUUUUGGUAUUUUUUGGAGAAGUUAUUACAUUUGAUCUAUUCUGAAGCUGUUAAUUUUUUUUUAAUAAAACGUUACAGGUUUCAUACUUUCUUGUUCCUGUUAUAACCACUUGGGCAAUAUAUUGGUUAUAUAAAUGUUCUGAUAUCCUUCAAGGGGUUGUUAAUGAUUUAAUCAUUAUUAAAUGUGUGAAGACUGUAUCAAAAGUUAGUCUAAUUUAAAGGGAGCUUGUGUUCAUUUCCAGCUUAGAAUUCUGAAAAAUGAGCACUUACCGCACUGGUCCUGUAUAAGCUCAUUUGUAUCUGAAAAAUACAUUAAUAACUGAU